UGUUGAACUCGCAUCCAGCAGAAAUCCAACAAAAAAUCAGUUUUCUACAAGGAAAUAAUCAGCAACAUUUUUUUAAUUUUUACCGUAAAAUCUCGUCGGAAGCGCUCGUGUGAUAAAUUUUUUCUCAAAUCCGUUCAAAAUGCCAGAAAAAUCCUCUCGAAAGACCCGAACGGAGAUGCAGCUGGACUAUUGACUUUAAAAAAGUAUCUAAUAGACAUUUGGAGGAAGAGGAAACGCAAAUAACAAUAAUCUCUUUUUUUCGUGCGGAGACUGAGGAAAAUCCAUAAGGAAUGACUUUUUUCGCGUGAUUCGCGUGAAUUGUGAUGCAAAAUGACGCUGAAAUGCGUGAAAAAGUGAUAAAACUGUGAAAAAGGAGCCGAGAAAAUUUACACAUAUAAAAAAAUUUAUUGAAAAAUAGGUCAAACCAAUAUAUUCGUCGUCGUAGCGAACAGAGAGUCGACGAGUCGUCAUCAUCACAUAUAACACGAAAAAAAGUGUGCAAGUCCAAGAGAAAAAUCAAUGAUGACAAAAUAACGCAUCUUUUAAAGAAUUAAACACAAAAAAAAUUAAUCAUAUCCCAAAAAAAAUUAAAUUUAAAAAAAAUUAGAAUUAAAAAUUUUAGAUAGGAAUUUUUCCAAUUUUUCAAUUUGUGUCGUGUUACGAAAAAAAAAACUCUUUAAAAGUAGACGAUGUUGGUGUUCGGUGUCUAUUCGACGUACUUACAGUUUUCAGUUUGAAUAAUAAAUGAUGAAAUUGAAAAAUUAACAAGGAAAUUUAUUGAUAAUCAAAAAAUAAAGAAAGAAAAGAAAAGAAAAAAAAAUAAAAAUUUCACAAGAAAAAAGAAAAGAAAAAAUUGUUCGAUAAUUUUUUUCAAUUGUGUUGUUGUUAUUAUUAUUAUAUAGAAAAAUAACUUACCGAGUAAUUUUUGUGUGAAAGAUGAUAUUAAUUGCUGGAGUAGAUAACUAUGCAAGUGUUCCAAUGGAAAUAACAACGUUUCUUGGUGCAGCCUUUGCUUUCAUCGCAUUAGGUCUCGUUUUUUUCCUGUACAUCAACCGAAAAUGGUGCUUUAAGCCGCCCAAAGGAUCGUUUUCUAGCUGCGACGAGUCCUUACUUGCUUCUACAAAGACUCUCAACAAUUUUAAAAAUCGCCUCCCUUUCCACGAAAACAACACAAGUUCGGAUUCGGAGGAGGAAAUUUUGCGUCGUUUGAAGCUCGCCCAAUCGCACAGCUUGCAGGCGCAACAAUCCGGCGGUCGAUACAACGGAUUAACACACAAUUUGUCCAAUUACAGCGGCUUGCAGGGCAUCACACUUGCCACAAAAGACGCCCUCGAUGUCGAAAGUCACGUGAAAAGCGGCAAAAGUGACAAGCACAAAAAUCGUCAUGGACAUCAUCAUCAUCAUUCGCAUCGACGGCACAGCGAUAAACACAACGAUCCGCUCGGAUUGGCGGAACGAGGACGCAUCGGAGUGCCGCAUUCGAGCAGCGAUUGCAGUUCAAAUAGCUCCGUUGAGGCCUCGGUCGAGAGUAAUGCCGGUUUGGUGAAUGGCGAACGCAAAGAUCGCAACAAAUAUGGGGUCGGGAAUUAUAAUUCGAGCAAAAAUGGGACUCCGUUGCAAGACACGAAGCAGAAUCACGAGUCGAUAGAUGAUAAAAGUAGUCGGAGGAAUAGCAGUAGUGCGUCGUCGAAUCGGUUUGCGAUGAAAACGGGGCCGCAGCAGCAGGAUAGUUUGGAUGAUGUGCCCGAUAUUAACAGCAAUAAUCAAGAUUGCAUCGUUGUCCUUUCGCAAGAACCCCUCUUCGACACAAGCGACCUCAAAUCCCUCAAAUCCGAGUUCUCGGCGGGACCUUUUAGUCCAACGAGUCAACGUGCCACAGAUUGCGCACUCCAAAUUGCCCUCUUUUACGACGCGCCAAUCCGAAAAAUGACUGUUCACGUUUUGCAAGCUCGAGGAAUCCCCUUGAGAGAAACGCAGCAAAUUCACACGCAAGUUCGCUUGUUGAUGUUGCCAACGAAAAAGCAGAAACACAAGACUCGCAUUCGCCCGGGAGAAUGCCCGCAAUUUAUGGAGAGCUUUUUACUUCACAGAAUUAAUCCGGAAGAAGUUAAUUCAAUGGGACUGAGAGUGCGAUUGUACGGAUGUGAAAGGAUGCGACGUGAACGAUUGAUUGGCGAAGCAGUUGUGAGUUUUGCGAGCAUCGAUUUGGAGUUGGAGACGAAUUUGUGGUUGCCGUUGGAGCCAAAAGGGAAUGGAUCGCUCUGUGGAUCCUCAAGCGACUUGUUAAGCUUAGCACGUAGUGAUAGCACGGGAUCAACGACCUCCAUGCAGCAUGGCGGCGUUCCCGAAUUGCUUUUAGGCUUAGGUUACAACGGCUUAACGGGUAGACUGAGCGUCGAAAUCGUCAAAGGAAGUCAUUUUCGCAACGUUUCUCUCAGCAAAGCGCCCGAUACUUACGUCAAAGCGUGUCUCGUGAGCAGUAUGGGACAAGAAAUGGCAAAAGCAAAGUCAUCUACGCGUCGAGGACAGCCAAAUCCGUUAUUUAAAGAGACUUUUAUCUUUCAAGUUGCACUUUUUCAACUAAACGACGUCACCCUGAUCAUCUCCGUUUAUGCGAAACGCAACAUGAAACGAAACGAAAUGGUUGGAUGGUUCAGUUUGGGCUUAAAUGCUUCGGGACCCGAGGAAGUCGCGCAUUGGAAUGACAUGCGAGAGUCUUCGUCAACACGAACGGAGCUUAUUUCGCGAUGGCACGUCCUCGUCGAUUCCUGAUUCAACUAGCUGGGACUGUCGUCGCCCCGACGACGAUCCAGCGACACUUCGAACAACAACAACAACAGUAAUUUAUCUCUCAUUAUGGACCUAUUGAUACGGCCAAAGAACAAACACAACAAAAGCACAAACAAAACGAAACGAACUGACUCGGUAGCUGUCGAUAUCAUGUCGAUGCCAGGCAAUGACGAUCUCGAUUUCGUGUGAAUUUCUUCAGUUUUUUUUUUCAGACAUGCCUUACGAAGAAAAAAUCAUUUGAAAAUGCAUUUUUAUUGCAUUUACGCUAAAAAAAACUAAAAAUUUUUAUAUACGUAAG